AGCGGAAAACGUGCAUCCGACUGUGCGGAAAAGGAAAAGGAGCACUUUGUUUUCUUAGUAACAUUUCUGAUAUAUUAACGAUUCACGGAACCGCAGCAAAUAGCCUGCUUUCUUGUUGACGUCUCUACACACCAGAGUUUUCCAGCUUGGUAAUACGUCCAGCAUGGCUCGAGAUUGGAAGCCCGGUGAUCUGAUUUUUGCCAAGAUGAAGGGUUAUCCACACUGGCCUGCAAGGAUCGAUGAAGUCCCUGAUGGUGCGGUGAAGCCAUCCAACGUCAAGUUUCCAAUUUUCUUCUUUGGCACCCAUGAAACUGCAUUUCUUGGCCCCAAAGACAUAUUUCCAUACCUCCCUAACAAAGAGAAGUACGCCAAGCCUAACAAGAGAAAAGGCUUCAACGAAGGAUUGUGGGAGAUCGAGAACAACCCAAAAGUAGAGCUUACCGCACCCAAGCCGGUUCCCCCUCAGUCUUUUGCUGAAAAGGAUUCAGACAGCAGUCCAGAAGGAGAAGAGGAUGCAGACGACAAGUUGAUGAAAGCCAAAGUUCCAGGAAGUGAGGCUGAGCAGGAGAAUGAGAAUGAGAAUGAGGAGGAGGAGGAGGAAGGGUCUCUGAUCUCUGAGCAGGGUCAUCAGAACCAGGAUGACUCUGCUCACAAAGAAUCAACAGAUGUACCCAAACCCAAGCGAGGAAGAAAGAAAAAGAGCGAAGCUGAUCAGGAGAAUGACAAAGAUGAUGCACCAGCCAGUCCUGUUAGUCCUUCAGGUGGAGAGGGCCCUAAACGAAGAGGCAGGAAGCCCAAAAGUGAGAAGUUGCUUUUGCUUCAGCAGCAGGAGCAGCAAGGCUCUGGCAGUGAAAUGGAGACUGGCGAGUCGGACAAAAAGCGAAAGAGGGCAACAGAGGACAAGUCCCAAAGUGGAGAGGAGGAGAAGAGGAGGAAGAAGGAAGAUGGUAAAGGAAAGGACACAGAGGUGAAGGAGCCCGAAACUAAGAGGAAGAAGACCAAGGAUGACAGUUCCUCUGGCUCUGAUGAUGAAGAGAAAAAUAAAGGCAUAAAGAAACCGCAAAACGCAGACAUGGACAAAGAUGUGCGGCGGCGGAAAACUGAUGAAUUGAGAGAACCAGGUAGAGAUGACGAGAAGAAAAACGAAGAGAGGACAGGAGCCAAAAAAAAAGAAAUGUCAACUGACUUGAAACUCCAGAGACUGCACAGUGAAAUCAAAAUUUCACUGAAAAUCGACAACCCUGAUGUGAAGAAGUGCUUGGAUGCAUUAGAUGAGAUUGGCGCCCUUCAGGUCACAACCCAGCACCUACAGAAACACAGCGAACUUAUCGCAACACUCAAAAAGAUUCGCAGAUUCAAAGCCAGCCAGGAUAUCAUGGACAAGGCCACCAUGCUGUACAACAAGUUUAAGACCAUGUUUCUGGUUGGAGAGGGUGACUGUGUGCUCAGCCAGGUGCUCAACAAGUCUUUAGCUGAACAACGACAGCAUGAAGAAGCAAAGAAAGGAGCACUGAAGAGAGUUGAACAAGCCAAAGAAAAUAACUCAGACAAAGUGACAAAUGGCGAUGUCAGCCCCGAAGAGAAGAAGCAGGAGACGGAGAGAGAGAAGCUUCCCGAAGACACUUCAGCAGGAGAGAAUCACAGUGCCCCUAAAACUCAAGAGGAGUCCACUUGAGUGUCCCGCAGGCCGAAAGAAAAAAGAUUUGCUGCUGUACUUAAACUGGACUGCUCUCCUGUCCAGUUCAUGACUGAUGACCACUGGUUUCCAGUUUGAUAGUUUUUGUCUGCAUUGCUGCUGAUAGUUUUCAUCAGCUCACCCCCAGGAUCAUGACUGAUGGCAUAUUCUAUUUUUUUAUACUUUCUGUAACCUUUAACUUCUAGACACCUUAUGCUUAGACGCAUCUGUUGAAUAUUAGUAAUGACACAACUUGUAAAUCUGCAACAUUGAACUUGUCAAACAGUAAUGAGCAUGAGAGUGCAGGAACCAUUUGGUCCCAUUUUUCAGCUGGUGGAUAUGGUUUUGAUUGUUCAAACAUUUACCGAAUCAACAGACUGAUCUCGGCCUCACAGAUUAUGUGAAGUACAGACGAUAUCUGUAGUUAGAAGCACCUUCAAUAUGUCUAAUAGCAAUAGUUGUGUUAACAGCAUGUUUCAUAAAUGUCGACUUCAGAUGCAUAAACACCUAACUGUGGAGUUUGCCAAAGUUUCUUACAAAGAAUAUUCUUUUAUUUCCAGCCAUGUUCGGUGCCUGUUUUAUGUUUUUGUUUUUUUAACACAGAUGUAAAUAAGAGUAUUUUUGUGCCUGUCUGUCAACCUGUUUCAGCAUCUAAUAAUAAAGUGGUAGCUGUAGUACAAUUUUUGUCUUUAAAGCUCAUAUUGAUAGCACAUAUACUUUGUGAUGAUAUCAAACAAAGAUUAGUCCACUUUCUGUCAUCUGGAUUGUUCUUUGAUUCUUCUUUGCCUGUUUAACCGUAGCGGUUAUUGUAGGUCAUGCUGCUGUUUGUUGUUGCCAUAAAAAAUAAAUGUGUUGAACGUGCACUUAA